GAAGCAAUUAAGCAAGUUUUGUUUUAGUUGUAAAAUACAUUAAAUGAUCAAGAGAAACACUUCUUAUAUUGGCAUUUUUUGGCUUAUAUUUGCAUGGUUGCUUUCCUUCACACAAGACGUGUAGACGACUAAUGGCUUAGUUCACGUUCUGGUAGCAUACAAGGGGAACGGAAUUGGUUCGAUAUAAGCGCACAAUGUACACAGAGACAUUAAAAAAAUAUACUUGCUCCAGAAUUGAGACAGUUAGAGAAACAAAACGUAACCACGAUGGCCGUUGCUGCCAUGCAUCAUCGGUACAGAAGGAGUUAUUUACAACAAUGUAACAUACUUCUCGAUUGUUUUGCAUUUUUUACAGUACCCAACCAAACGCCCGCCAUUGUUGAAACAUACCUUACAAGUGCAACUAGUUUGCGAGUGUCCUGGACAGCUGUAAAGGAGCCAAUUGCAGGUUACCAAGUAGCAUUUCGUUCUACCAGCGCCGGAGAAUGGACAAGUGUAUACGCCACUUCUCAAACCUUUUCGAUGCAUUUGGAAAACUUAAAGAAGGGUGAUGUUUACCGGUUAAGAAUAGCGGCGUUCAAUGCUGCUGGGAAUGGAGUCCCAAGUGGUGGAGCUGAAAUUCACAUGAAAGAAGGAGUUCCUACAGUGGCUCCCGUAGUAUCAUUGUCCGAUACCAAAACUACUACCUCUCUGAUCAUUUCUUGGACUGCCAUACCUGACGAAUACGUCACAGGUAAACUACUGGGUUACCACAUCACUUACAAACCAGUAAAGAUAGCUGAGCAACGUAUUGACGGAACAGAAUCCCUCACAGUAACUGCGCAUGCGCCAGCAAAUGGGAAGCAUGAGUUUACUUUGGAUUCACUUAGCUCGUUUACUCAGUACAGCAUUACCGUAGCAGGAUACACAGCUGAAGGAGAUGGACAGACCAGCGAGGUUGUUCUUGGAGGUAAAAAAAUAAAUUAAGAAGAAGACUUUUCAUUUUUGGAACGAACUUGAUCAGCUCUAUUUUUGGCUUCAUAGUCUGCUGGGUAGGAAUCCCCAAGGUGCGAAUGGAAUGGGUACGACUGGGUACGAAUCCCGUAGCCUGAAUUUUGCUAAGCUUUCACGGCGAGUUUUUAAGUUGCUGCAACAAGUGAAAACGAAAAUAAUCCACAGCUUUUAAUUACCACAAAGAUACCUUUGUGUUGGUUUCAAUUUAAAGUAAAAUAUACUUAUUUUCGCGAAUAACCAAAUGAGGACAAGAACUUAUUAUAAUCCCGUGAAUUAUUUCAUGAGACCAACAUCAUUCAGUUGCGUCUUGGUUAACUCGAAAUUUCUCACAAAUCAGUUUAAAUUGUCUUUUAAUUUUAGCAUCAAUAGCAUCGAUAGUUACUCUUUUUUCUUUUCCAGAAACUUGCAAUUGUCCCAAAACACUGUACACAAAUUGGGCUUUGUAUCCUCCUUACGUAACAGAAAUCAACCAGCAACCUGCCGGAAUCAUUGGCGAGCUCAUUCAAGAGCUGAUUUUGUAUUCGUGCGGCAAGUGCCAAGGAGGGCAUGGCGAAACUUUUAUCGAUAUCAAGACCAAUGGAAAAGGAGCUGCUGCUAGAAAAACGUCAAUGAGCGAGGUACAAGCCGAUGUAGACGAUAGAACGCACGUCACCUUCCCUGUUUUAGGGAAUAUGGAUGACGAAAAGUACUUGAAGGAAUUUGUGUUCGUUCCUGUGGUUCAGUCACCGGGAAUCGCAUUUAUUUCAUUGGCCAGCCAGUUGUCAAGAACGGAAGUUGUCGCCUUGACGUGGAAUAGGAGCUGGCCUAUUGUUUUCCUGAUUGUGGUGAUGGGCUUCAUUGUCGCAGUGCUGAUCUGGAUCGCGGUAAGUAUCCACUUAAAAUAAGUUACAAAGGAAAAGAAUAGGUCUUAAAGGAGGUCAGUCACGGUAUUUUAAGUAAGUUUGGCCACUUAUGAAAUAACUUUUAAAAUAUUAG